UUGUGUUUGGUGAGUCAGUGUCAGUGAUGGAGGGAGAUUCUAUUACUCUACACCCUGAUGUUACUGAAAUACGAGAAGAUGACGAUAUAGUGUGGAAAUAUGGAGCUGAAAAGUCUCAUGUAGCUCAAAUAAAUAGAGAUGCUAAAGUCUGCUCCACAUCUGAUGGUCCUGAUGGGAGAUUCAGAGACAGACUGAAACUGGACUAUCAAACUGUAUCUCUGACCAUCACAAACAUCUCAACUCAACAUGCUGGAAAUUAUGAACUAGAGAUAAAUGGAGAAAAGCUGUCAUCAAAAACAUUCAGUGUUUCUGUCUAUGCUCGUCUGCCUGUUCCUGUCAUCAGCAGAAACUCUUCACAAUGUUCUUCAUCAUCGUCAUCACAGCAGAAUUGUUCAUUGUUGUGUUCAGUGGUGAAUGUGGUGAAUGUGACUCUCUCCUGGUACAAAGGAAACAGUUUAUUGUCCAGCAUCAGUGUGUCUGAUCUCAGCAUCAGUCUCUCUCUACCUCUGGAGGUGGAAUAUCAGGAUAAAAACACCUACCGCUGUGUGCUCAACAAUCCCAUCAGCAACCAGACCACACAUCUGGACAUCAGUCAACUCUGUCUCACAUGUUCAGAUGCUGCAGCACAGUCUUCUCAUCCUCCAGUCUCUCUGAUAGUGUUGAUUUCUGCUGCUGUUGUUGGAUCUCUGUUGAUUGUAGCUGCAAUUGGGAUCUUCUGCAUUUGUAGAAAACACAGAAAAACUGGUCAAGAAG